UGAGACUACUCAACAAGGGUUAAUUAAUCAUCCAAAACAAAACUCAUUUAUAUAGCACUUCAUUGUUUUUAAUUUUUAUCUGCGCGCCAUAAUUUAUUUAAGCAUAGAUCAAGUCGAAAAAUAAAUUUAACAAAAUACAUAUCUUAAUAAUGUCUGAGGGCGACAUUAUUCCACCGCUAAGCGAUACGGAGCAAAAUGAGGAUUUUGAUGACCAGGUUGACGAGGAGGAAUUGAUUACAGCUCAGAAGGUGUUAGAAAUUGUUGAAACAGCAUGGAAAAAUGAAUUAUGUGCACCCGAAAUUCUGCAACAUCAAACGGACAUGUUGGAGCUGAUGCUUGGACAGGUAGCACAUAUGGAGGAGAAUAUGAAAGAUUUGGAUAAAAAUGAUUUCCGAUUCAUCGUACAUCAAAUGGAGUUGGAACGUAUUCGAUAUGUCAUGGCUAGUUAUUUACGGUGUCGCUUACAAAAAAUAGAAACCUACACUAGACAUAUUCUUAAUGAAGAGGAAACUAGAGAAGUUGCUGAAAAGCGGCUUUCACCGGAAGAGUUCAAGUAUGCACAAGAAUUCGCUGAUAACGUCGAACAGUACUUUCAGCAAGUGGCGUUGCAGUAUAUGCCUAAUAUGCAGCGGGCGGAAGCUGAACAACGCAUAGUGCGACCGAAUCUAAUGAGUCACGUAUUCAUUAAAGCUAAUGUGGAUGUUCCAUCUGUUGUCGUUGGCGUGGAUGAUGAGGAGGUCGAUUUGACUGCUGGUUCGCAACACAUAAUACCUUAUCAACUAGUGUCCGAUUUAAUAUACAAAAAUCAAGCACAACUAAUAUAAUAUUACUCCUGUAAUAGUUUAGGUAUAAUGAUGUAAAUAUACGAAUUUUAUUAUUUUUUAAA